AUGUCUAAACCCUUUAAGCUUAAGGUGGAUGCUAGUGCUGUGGGAGCUGGAGCUGUUUUGCUACAGGAAGGUGAAGACGGAGCUGAUCAUCCGGUCUGCUACUUUUCCAGUAAAUUCAACAAAAGUCAGUUAAAUCACUCCAUCAUUGAAAAGGAAACCCUGGCUUUACUUCUGGCCCUUCAGCACUUUGAGAUGUACAAUCACAAUCAAAGACUCAUGCGUUGGGCUUUAAUGGACCAGGAUUACAAACUUGACAUCAAACACAAACGAAGAGCAGCCAACUUAGUACAAAUAGUGGUGGCACCGGCUCAUUUUCUCAUACCUGUUCACGCCAGCAGAAACUACAGGAAUCACACGAUGGUGUUCAACUGCACACAGACAAAUAAAGAGCUGGAGAAAUACUACUUGUUGCCAUCCUAUGCAGUUGAGUUCUGCAUUGGAUUCCCCAGCAACCUUGUGGUUGCGCUUGGCUACAUAUUUUGCUUACAGGAGUGGCAGAGCUGUAAUAUUUACAUCUUUAACCUGGCUAUCUCCGACCUUGUUUUCCUCUGCACUCUGCCACAUCUCUGCUACCUUUAUGCAAAUAACGCCAUCACAAAUUCCUCUGUUUGCAUUAUCAACCGCUAUAUCCUGCAUGUCAAUCUUUAUUCCUCCAUCCUCUUCAUGGUUUGGAUUAGCAUGGAUCGUUACCUGCUUAUAAAACAUCCGAUGAAAAACCACUACCUGCUGAGACCAAGAGUAGCCCUGAUUGUUACAGGCUUGACCUGGCUGGUUGUAAAUCUGGAAGUUGCUCCGAUGAUAGCCCUGAUGGUUCAGGACUUACAGAGACAGAAUUCAAGCCUGUGCAACGAUUUUGCCAGCCUCAAAGGAUAUUUUAGUUUACUGGACUACAGCUUGGCCUUAACUAUAACUGGCUACAUUCUCCCUCUGCUUGCACUUUGUGUCUUUUCCCAGCAAAUUUUCCAUCUGCUUCAUAUGCAGGAAAGAGCUGUACAGCACCGGACAUCCUACAAGAGGCCACUCAGGGUUGUUAUGUCAGCAGCGGUUAUGUUCUUCGUCCUCUACACCCCGUACCACGUGCUGAGAAAUGUCAGAAUUGCAUCUCAGAAGCCCUCGGCUUGGUUUCACAGUUGUACAAAAGUUUACAUAGAAGCAAUGUACAUCUUGGCCCGACCGUUAGCAUUUUUGCAUAGUGUCAUUAACCCAGUCUUCUACUUUUUUAUGGGUGACACGUUCAGACAGCUCCUAAUCUCUAAAAUCAGAAAGAUAAAACAGACAGAACUGAAAAGAGACUUGGCCUGAACAUGUUUACAGAAGUCUUGCACAUCACACUAACACACACUUUGCCAUUACAAACACAAGAUGUCAGAUAGUGUUUCAUAAUCUUAAAAUGCGAAUUAUGACAAGCAUUAUUUUGUUACAUACAAAACGUUUGAUGAUUUUGUCUUAAAACAAAGAAAUAUAUUUACAUUUUAUCCAAGUUCAGAACCCACCUGUAGGUGUUUCAUGAGAACGAAUGUUGUUGCUUAUGUCUAGUAGCCAAUGAAACAGAAUAACCCUUGAUUUCUGUAAAUAGAGGAAGUAAGCUCUAUGAUCCCCAACAGAAAAAGUUGUACAUCUGUAGAUAUAAUAUCUAUUUUCAAAUUAAAUUUUACAACUGAAAAA